UUUCUAUUUCCAGAAAAAAAAGAACAACAACAACUAAGAAGGCCAUCUUUCUCUCAGGUGAUUUUUAUACAAUCAGGCUGAUGUCCUUUAGCUUUCAUUGGAUUUUGUUGGAAUUGCACAGGAAGCCAUUGAAAUGCCACUUCAAACAAUAGCAGCAAAAUGAGUGCUGUCACGCUAAUACCAUUUUCCAUUUCCUCUGUGCAUACACACAUACAAAACAAAGUUUGGAUUAAACCUGUCUAUCCAUCAAUCCUGCAGCGCGGUGUGGCAUUUACUCAGCUGCUCCUCUGCUGUAACAAAGUUCACUUAGAUGAGGUAGGUAUUUGUAAAAACAUACGAACCUGAGGAGCAACUAACAGUGAGCGGUGAGAGCCUUCAUUAGCUACAGUCAGCAGAAGUAGUCAUAUCUGCAGGUGGCUGCUGCAGGUUUUCCAUUGCUGGGCUCUGAUGCCCUCCUCCCACCGGCAGCCCUCAGCUCUGGCCCCCCUGUGCCCCACAGUUCUCUAUACCCACUCCAUGCUCCCAGCAAGGGCUGUGCUGCCCAGCCAGCAGCUCCUUGGUAGCACUGCUCUGAGUAGCACUGUGGCCAGCAGAGGCGUGGGGAUGACAGCAUAGGUUGUAGGGAUUAGGAACUGCACGUGAAUAACAGCCAAAGGGAUGGAGGGGAAGAGGAGCUGAUUUUAGUGAACUGAAAUAAAUCUGAUGUAAACCCUGUGAACACUUAUUGGAGCAGUGGCAGAGGAAGGAGGUGUAAAUCAUGGCAUCCUGCUGUACUGCUUACAUCCGGUGGGUGGGAGAGGGGCAGGUAGUGUCCUUGUGACUAUAGCAGCCAGAGGUGGAAGGAGGAAGGGGGAUGACUGCCUACAGGGGCAUUUCAGGUUCUGAAAACCAUAUGGGUUCACACAUGCCCUCUCAAAGGCUGCAUCUAGGCCUGCAGCUUUGCUUGGUGUGAAGGGCUGUGGCUGUGCUGAUUCCAUAUCUGCUGGCAUCAUAUGAAAGCAGCUGCCAAGAGCAGAGAUGCCAGGGCACAAACAGGGUGAAGGGACACUUGUUGCAGAGAGCGAGUCCUCUGCUCAGGGUCUGGAUCUCAGCAGUAUAUGCAAGCAACGAGAGGCUUUCUUAAGUCUUUUUUGUGCUUUCUGAACCCACCACUCGAGUGUACCCCAUCCCCAGCACCCAGCACAGCUGCAGGACCCCGUGUGCUCUGUGCAGUGCUGUGGCAUGCAGAGCUCUGUUUUCCACUGACAGCCUGACCUGACAGCUGUUCCUUCUCCUCUCUGCCUUUCAGUCUGAUCUGCCUGUAGUUUUAACACAGAACUUUGGGGGAAUGAGCCCAAGAAAAACACCUGCUGCGAUCAGCUCACCUCUCUCAGCACGCCAGCAGCACACGACCACGGAGCACUGAGCGCACACCAUGCCGGCGAUCAACAUCGAGGAUCUGAGCGAGAAGGACAAACUGAAAAUGGAAGUGGAGCAGCUCCGGAAAGAAGUGAAGCUGGAGAGGCAGCCGGUGUCCAAGUGCUCCGAGGAGAUCAAGAACUACAUUGAGGAGCGCUCGGGAGAGGACCCGCUGGUGAAGGGUGUUCCGGAGGACAAGAACCCCUUCAAGGAGAAGGGUGGCUGUGUCAUCGCCUAAGGGAGACUCAUCGCCUAAGGGAGACUCCAGCCCGCUGGGCCUGCUCCGGCAGUGCAGAGCAGAUUUUGUCCGUUGUUAUUUUUUUUUUUUUU